AUGACGGAGAGCUCGCCGGAGCCACUAGACGAUCUCUACGAAGAGCAGCGUGUUCGACGUCCCGUUGUUCGAUGGCAAAGCAUGAGGGAAGAGGGGGACUUUGGCGGAUUGCAUCGAUCAGACACGAAUCCCUCUUUGAAGACGGGAAGGCGUCAGCGUGGAAGGCGUCGGAAUAAUAAUGAUGAGGAUGGCGACUCGCUUCAUACCAGUUUUCUAAGAGUUCCUGUUGGAUUGUCUGGGAGAAGUUCUCCUUCCGUCGCCUCAAUAGGGAGUGAACCUGAAUCUUGUAUUGAUGAAACUCGGUACAUGACGGAUGAUGAUGAAAUGAUAGGUUGGUCAACUGAAAAAUAA